UCCUUGAGGUUGGGACAGAGUUUUAGCCAACCUUGGACCCUAUAAUCUUCCAAACUGCAGCCUUGAUUUUAUCUUUGACAUUCUAAAUCUUGGCCUAAAUUCUAAAUUCCAAGAGACCAGGCCAAAGGACCUUGAAGGACAGUUCCUGAAUUACCAAAGAAGUCUUCAGUGAGGUAAACUGUUCCCCUCCACUCUCUCACCCCAUGUCUCUCAGCGCCCCCAUGAUUCUAACCUUGUUCCCCACAGAGAACCUCAGAGUUUUCCAUCCAAAUGCAAAAUCUGACACUCCACAGUGUCUCAAGUAACAACAAUUCAUAAAAUCUUCAGAGGAUGAUUGACUCAGUUCCCAGAGGCAAAAGACACAUGGUCUAGGAUGUGGAUCAGCUCCCAUUAUCACCCUAAAGAAACAAGGUCUUCCUCUUCAGGAGAGUCAGCUCCAGUUGGCAUCUUGGGUUAGGGAUCAGUGUUUGAACAUCAAACCAAGCAGCAGGUACCCUGUACAUCCUUGCUCUUGGAUUUUCAUGUUUCACUCAUUUCUGAAUUGUUUCUCUCCAAUUUUCAAUCCUGAAAGAGCUUGAAGAAGCUCGAGGUGAUAAAGUCCCCAUAACUACUCCUCACAUGCUAUGAGAUCUGUGUGCGAAGGCUCUCCUCGUGCCCGGCCUGCUUCUCAGGACAAUCAGAAUGGAAGAGAACUGAAGCGAAGCUUGUGAAUGAGGUCCAGAAAUGUCUUUCGUGUGCUUGGCAGACUUUAGGGCACACGCACGCGAGCAGCUGUCGAAGUCAUCGUGGGACUUUAUUGAAGGAGCAGCUGAUGAGGGCAUCACAUGCAAGGACAACAUCGCAGCAUUUAAAAGAAUCCGCCUCUGCCCCCGAUACCUGAGAGAUGUGUCAGUGGUGGACACCAGGACCACAAUUCAAGGGCAGGAGAUCCAGGCCCCCAUCUGCAUCUCUCCCACAGCUUUUCACUCUAUUGCCUGGCCAGAUGGAGAGAUGAGCACAGCCAGAGCUGCUCAGGAAGCCAACAUCUGCUACAUCACCAGCACUUAUGCCAGCUGUCCCCUGGAAGACAUUGUUGCAGCUGCCCCCAGAGGCCUCCGAUGGUUCCAGCUCUACGUACAGUCAGAUUGGGAGCUCAACAAACAGCUGAUUCGGAGAGUAGAAGCCCUGGGUUUCAAAGCUUUGGUGAUCACUGUAGAUGUACCAGUAGUUGCCAAAAGGCGACAGGACAUAAGAAACCAACUAAAUUUAGCGGCAAACUUAAUGCGGAUGGACCUCCGAUCACCUGAAGAGAGAAAUUCCACGUGCCCUGCCCCCACGUCUUUCCCAAGUACAUCUUUCUGCUGGCAUGACCUCUCCUCGAUUCAGAGUAUAACUCGAUUGCCCAUUAUCCUCAAGGGGAUUUUGACAAAAGAGGAUGCAGAGUUAGCAGUGAAACACAGCGUCCAAGGCAUCAUUGUUUCCAACCAUGGUGGGAGGCAGCUUGACGAGGUUCCUGCUUCAAUCGAUGCCCUGAUGGAAGUGGUGGCUGCUGUCAAAGGGAGAGUUGAAGUGUACAUGGAUGGUGGGGUUCGAACCGGCAAUGAUGUGCUGAAGGCACUGGCCCUUGGGGCUAAGUGCAUUUUUCUCGGAAGACCAAUCCUUUGGGGCCUUACCUACAAGGGUGAACAUGGUGUUCUGGAAGUUUUAAAUAUUUUAAAAGCAGAGUUCCACACUUCCAUGGCCCUUUCAGGCUGCCGGUCAGUCGCUGAGAUCAGUCCGGACCUGAUUCGCUUUUCCAGAUUAUAAAGAACUACUGAGAUUGCCUACAAGGGGAAGACAAGACCUCAACGUGGUAUGCAAGGCUUUUCUCCUUUGGCCCCAUCCAAUCUGGGAGUUUGAGCCCUGUAUCCUCAAAAAUAUAGAGGAAUGGAGAAAAGAUAACAGCUCCCACCAUAGUGUAUGUGGAUGAAGGAAUAACAUCUAAUAUUCUACAGAAUACCUACAGUUGACAACAGUUAAUUGACUAUGUGAAAUAGCCACGUAACAGCAAGAAAGGAGAUAGUUAAGUCUGAUGUGACAUGCAAGUUAUCUUCAUCUGAUUAUUAUGUACAUUAUACAUUAUUAAAAUGCUCUGCUGUACCAUAAUUACAAUAAUUGUGUGCAAUUACUAUGUAUCAAUUAAAAUAACGAUAUAUGUUCAAAAGGAAACGGUUACCAUGAUGUACUUUUACUCAUUUCAUCCUGCAAGACAUAUUGGGAAUUUUUAAACUUUAAUCCAUAUAGUCAAAGUCUGAAACAUAAAACAGCAGAGACCAAAGGAAUGUUUGAAUUAUUCAAGGUUCUGAUGCAGGACAUUAUGGAAAUUUUAUGAUCUAUUUCCUAAUGUCCAUCUAGUUAGUAACUGGCCUCCAAAAAAAAAAAAAAAAGCAAAAGGAAGAUUUUGAAACUCAUUUUCAAGACUCUGUGACUAAGCUAAAAUGAACUAUUCCAGUCCUUCACCAAUAUCUUUAUUCUGGCCAUAUUAGUUUUGUCAAAUGAAUGUACACCUUUUCAAUAAAGUUUAUAGAC